ACUAAGAGACCAUUCAAUCAUAUCCUUGCACCAUUGUUUUAGCCAAAAACACAACCCUAAAUUCCUCUCGUCCAUUCUCUUCCUCUUCAGCCAUGGGCAAGUCCCAAUUCCUCUCUUCCAUUCUCUUCCUCCUCACCCAUUUGAUCAUCUUCUCAAUAGAUUCUGCAACCUCUCAAUGUCCCAUAGAUUUCACCUACGUCGAAACUUUCCCAUGGGACAGUACUCUCUGUCACGAACCCGCUGAUCCCGAGUGUUGUCAAACUCUUAGUAGCCUAUUUGGUAUGGGACUUGCCAAACACCUCAAAGAAAAAUCCAUGUUCUAUCUCCCGGAUGCGAAUUCAUCGUCUUCUUGCCUGUCUGAGUUUCAAAAUAAGCUCACCACCAUGUCCAUUUCUCAGUCCUUUGUCCAUCAAUGCAUGAAUGAUUCGAAUGAGUUGGUCAUCAAGCCUUCAAGUUGUGCCGGGAUUGUGACAUUACAGGAUUGGUUCGAAAAGGUCGGUCCAUCAAGUUCAUUGGAUUCAGCUUGCAGAAACUUCACAGGAAUAACACAGUGCGGUUUGUGCCUUGAUGCUGGCAUGAGGGUAACUGCUCAGUUGACGUCUCUUGAUCCCAAUUCCACUAAAUGUUUUUUCUUCACUGUCUUCUAUGCUGCUGGUAUUGUCAAUGUUUUUGGCCCUGAGAAUAGAAAAACAGCUGCUUGCAUACUAGGCUUGCCCUCAAAAACCACCAACUCAUCGAAAAGCUUGACCCGAGAACGCUUACUAAAACUGGUUUUCGGGCUUUUGGGAUCUUUCAUUGGGGUUUUGGGGACCAUUGGAUUCGUCAUCUUUUACAGGAAUUGGAGCAAGAAAAGGAAGCAAGAAACUUUGCACGAAGAGUAUGUGAGCGGUGUGAAGGCCCGUGUUUCGCCCAACACUGGUGCAAAAUGGUUUCAGAUAGCCGAGCUUUUACAAGCAACUAACGGGUUUUCCCAAUGGAAUAUGAUAGGCCAGGGCGGUUAUGGCGUCGUGUACAAAGGAACACUUUCAGAUGGCACUAUAGUCGCGGUGAAACAAGUUCUUGAUCUGGAUUCGAAAGGGGAUGAAGAGUUCAUCAAUGAGGCAGAAAUCAUUAGCAAAAUUAAGCAUAGAAACCUUCUUUCACUCAGAGGUUGUUGCGUUACGAGCGAUAAUUUGAAGGGUAAAGGAAGAUAUCUUGUCUAUGAUUUCAUGUCAAAUGGUAGCCUCUAUGAUCAUCUUUUCAACUAUGAAGCAAACCGCCACAGGAAGCCAUUGAAUUGGCCACAACGCAAGAGUAUAAUUCUUGAUGUCGCGAGAGGUCUCGCCUACUUACAUUACGGAAUCAAACCUGCAAUUUACCACCGCGAUAUAAAGGCCACCAAUAUUCUUCUGGACUCGAAUAUGAAGGCAAGAGUGUCGGAUUUUGGACUGGCAAAGCAGAGUACAGAAGGACAGUCUCAUCUCACUACAAGGGUGGCCGGGACAUAUGGUUACCUAGCACCUGAGUAUGCUCUCUACGGGCAACUAACAGAGAAGAGCGAUGUUUACAGCUUUGGAAUUGUGAUUCUCGAGAUUAUGAGUGGGAGGAAAGUGCUUGAUACAGUAAGUCCUUCGGCCCUUUUGAUCACAGAUUGGGCAUGGACGCUCAUGAAAUCGGGAAAAGUAGAAGAAAUUUUUCAGGAGUACUUAAGAGAGGAAGGACCAAGGGGAGUUAUGGAGAGGUUUGUUCGUGUUGGGAUUCUCUGUGCUCAUGUGAUGGUGGCUCUUAGACCUACCAUUGCCGAUGCUCUAAAAAUGUUGGAAGGCGAUAUCGACAUCCCGAGAUUACCAGAUAGGCCAUUGCCUCUCAGCCAUGAGUCAUUUAUGUCUUCAUUACAGAACAGUAUAUCAUCAAGUGAGAGAUCAAGAGGCACAUCAAGCAUACGCAGCCUCUAAAUUUGGAUAUCUACAAAGCUUGAAAAGUUUUUGAUAUAAUGAAGUUUCUAGGAAUGCUGGUUGGUCUAAGAAUGCAACCUGAACCUUCAGAGGUAGUGGCUAUACUUUGUUAAAUGUUUAUUAAUUUUUCAACAUUUAGAUGUAAUAUGACACUGUAAUUACACAC